UUUUUUUUUUUUCCUCUUUUCCCUUGGGGAAGAAUAUAUCUGGUACUAAAAAAUAAAAAAGCUUGUUGCGUUCAUUCAAAGGCAGCUGCUCGCCCACUUCAAUUCUUCCUUCUGUUUCUUCUGGUUCUGUCUCAUCCAAUUUACCUCAUCUUCCUUUCACCAUCCCAUAGCAUCUGAACCCAAGUGGUGACCUCAACUAUACCGCCGCACUCUCCCAUUGUAUCCCCCAUACCGGUGCUUGGAUACUCCAUUCCAUUAUCUUGACAGCAACAUCUAGACGAGCGUCAACAAUACCACACUGCAACUGGAUUAUGUACUUGGUCGUCUACCACACAUCGCAACUCUACCAAUAUCGAAGCACUUCCUAAACAAUCACUUCCUAAGUUAUUGUUCAGCAGCUUCUACAUAUACAAGCUUUAGUCUUCGAACCAUCCCUAUCCCAUACACAGCAACCACCCCGCCGGAACAUUUUCUCCGCAGCUCAAGUAGGGGCCUAUAAAACCGGCUCUCAGAAAUUCGCAUAUUCUUUUCUGCCCGGCACGGUUGUCACAAAAUCUAAGUGUUAUCCACUAGAAAUUUUGACACCAUGCCUGGCCGUCUACUCUCCAGCUUCGUUCGCCCCUCCCUCUCUCACCACCACUCUCACCAUUCUCCCGUCUCCCAUUCCAACUCCUCGUCCUCGUCGUCUGUGAAUGAGAUCCCACCGAAUACAGUGGUCUCCAAGAAGCCAUCCGCUCAUGGUGCGGAAAGAGCCCGUUCACCCGAGCGUCGUCUGUCUUUCGCCGUCGAACACCUCAUCCACCCCCACCGUGAUCACAGCAAGGACAAGCGACGCAGCCAUGGCCGGUCCUCCCGUUCUAAGGAGCGCGCCGGACAAGAGGAAAUUGCCCAUGCUCACGCUAAACUAGACGUCAUCGUCGAAUCCCCGCCACUUGUGUGCUACGGAUCCCCUGCGAAUUCCACUGGUGCUCUCUUUUCGGGGCGUCUGAAGAUCAGCAUUUCCGAGCUGGCCGGCAUGGUUACCCUGGACACUUUCGAUAUGCGCCUCAUGAGCAGACUGACGACGAAGAAGCCUGUUUCCAGAGACUGCGCUAAUUGCGCAUCGCGCACUGAGGAGCUGACCCACUGGAACUUCCUGACGGAGCCAAUCCACCUCAAGAAUGGCGACCAUGAAUUCCCCUUCAGCUACCUGUUCCCCGGUCAUCUACCCGCCUCCUGCAACGGUUCGCUUGGUCAGGUCGAGUAUUUCCUUUCUGCGCGUGCCCACAACAUCAACGGUGAGGAAUACACCUACGAGAUGCCCGUGCAUAUCAAGCGUGCCAUCCUUCCCGGAAACGACAAGUCCUCCAUCCGCAUCUUCCCUCCCACCAACCUCACCGGCCGCAUCGUUCUUCCCUCUGUGGUGCACCCGAUUGGGACCUUCCCCGUUCAGAUGACUCUGAGCGGAAUUGUGGAUAAAAAGGAAGACACACAGACUCGUUGGCGCCUGCGCAAGAUGAUGUGGCGGAUCGAAGAACACCAAAAGAUCGUGUCCACCGCUUGCACCAAGCAUGCACACAAGAUUGGGGGCGAGGGCAAGGGAGUUCUGCACCAAGAGACGCGCAUCAUCGGCCACAACGAAGAGAAAGAAGGCUGGAAGACUGACUUUGAUACCGCUGGCGGCGAAAUCAGCAUGCAGUUCGAGGCGAACAUCAACCCUUCUUGCAACCCUGUUUGCGAUCUCGAAACCCCCGGUGGCUUGGAAGCGAGGCACAACCUUGUCAUUGAAUUGAUCGUGGCUGAGGAAUUCUGCCCGAACCGGAACCCCAAGCUCAUCACUCCUACUGGAGCGGCGCGCGUGUUGCGCAUGCAGUUCCACCUUCAUGUUACGGAGCGCAGCGGUCUUGGUAUCAGCUGGGAUGAAGAGAUGCCUCCAGUGUACGAAGAUGUGCCUGCCAGCCCGCCUGGAUACACCAUGCUGGACGGCGACAGCAUCAUGGAGGACUAUCACGGAUCCCCCAUUCACCUGCCAGAGUAUGAGCAAUUGGAGCGCAUGGACUCCCUUCGACUGGACAGUGACUCUACUCACUCUUCAAUCCGGGGUCGGUCUCGCCUGACAACCGAUGAUCUGACUGCGGAGCCAACGGUACCUGCAGCCAGCAAUCGAGCGCCGUCUGUCGAUUCUCAAAGCUCAAGACACACGUAACGCUGUCACUUCACCGUCGACCUUCCUUCAUCUAUCUUCUUUUCUUUUUCAACAAACCUGGACUUGACAGAUGUCCAUUCAAAGCCACGCCGCUUACGACGUUACGAUUUUUAACGAAUUGGACGAUUAAUACAUCACAGAGAUUCGGAUUCAUCUCAGUUUCUUUCAACAGUCACUCGAAACAAAUUGGCUUGCCAUUUCCUAAUAAGCUUUCUAAUACCAAUGGCAUGGGAUUAAAUAAAAAAGGGGGGAAUAUCGAAAAAAGUUCGUGUUUUAGAAAUUUUCUUUGUCUUAUCACGGAGUGGGGAAUUCUCAGUCCUGCAUGAUACCCAUAGUCGCUACUAUAUGUCACACCUGGCUAUUUCUUCUGUUCUGUACCUUUUGUUCUCAACUGAGAAUGUCAAGAUCGCUACCAAUACACCUGAUUAAUAGAAAUAAACAAAAAGAAUAAUAUUCUCCGAG